GGUUAGAAGUUUGUUUUGGUUGAAAUUGUUGGGAUAUUUUCACAUUUUUUUAACAAUUUCAAGAAUUUCGUGAUAAAGAAAAAGGUGAUAAGAGCAAACUGAAGUCAUCUGGAACUCCCGUUAUCGUUCUCAUUGGGAAAGAACCCCUCCCGGCCAAACGAACCGUACAAACCGUGGAAAACAGACGAAAUCUAGAACGGAGCUGGAAGAACGAAAAAGGACUCUAAAUCCUUUUACAACCCCACUGGAUCCAACUCUCAAUCAACCCCAGAAAGUCCUGCGACCGUGAUCCGGUAGGAACAGAAAGAAACCCCUCGGAAACAGCAACGGAUUAGAACCAGCGAUCACGGAUAGCCCGUUUGUCUAACGAAGGGAUCGGUUCAAUUUGUAAUCUAUUUAAACAUUUCCAGCUCUUAUCCACCCGCGAUAUGGCUCAUUCUUACGGUAAUGAACAGUCGCCAGCAGUAGUUCCUCUCGGAUCCAACAAGGGAGGCCCACACGGAUUAGGCGAUCCGGAUGAUCGGCGGUUACGAAAGGUGGAGAUAGAAGUUUUGAUCCCAAAGAUUAUGCGCGAACGAGCCAAGACGGAGAAAUGUGUUGCGGAAGUGAAGGCGUUCGAGGAUUGCUGCAAGGAUGCGGGAUUAUUCAUGGUCGCGAAAUGCCAGGCACCCAACGAUGCCCUGAAAGCCUGCAGCCUACGGUGGUAUCAGGACGAACAAUUCAAACAGGAGUGUACCGAGAUUUACCUUGAGGAAAGGAAGCUUUUCCGCGAGACGGGACUGCCGAAGAAGUUUAGAAAGUGAGCUUUAUUCUAACCAGUGAUCUAAGGUGAUUUUGAUUUAUUAAACUAUUUACCCGUUAAUGAAA